AUGGUCUCAUCCGACCUCCGACACCACGCCCCACCUACCAACCGAAGGCCCUCGUACAACAACAGCUACAGCAGCAGCAGUAGCGAUGACAGCAGCAGCCAUGAUAGCAGCGGCCGAAUGAUGCAGAUGAUGGGCAUGGGUAGCCUGCUGCCGUCUCUCGAUGCCUCUAUGGAUUCCCACUUUUCCAUGGAUCAUAGUGGCCAAACCCAAACCACGACCAGUACGACUUGGCACACCAGUAGUGCCUUUAGCGCCAGCAAUGGCAGUCAGACAGGUUCCUCGGCCUUUCUGGAUCUAGAUGAUACUGUGGAUGAGGACUUGAGAGAAGCCAGUCGACAGGCACGAAAAGCAAGCAGCAUGGGCUAUCAGCUCAAGAAAGCCUUUGGAAAGAUUUCCUCUUCCAAGAGCAGCAAAAGUAAAUCCAGCAGCAACAGCAGCAAAAAGAAGAGAAAGAGCAGCAGCCACAAACACUCCUCGUCGGGAAAGCGCCAACACGCUCCAGAUAUAUUGGCAACGUCCACGUCCGCAACCGAGGACGACGAAAACGACAACCACCAUGUUCCAUCCAUUAAUAAACGACUCGAGGAGGAUCGAAAUCAGUUGUAUUCCGAUGACGUGAGUGUCGACAGCACCAUUGCGGGAGAUCCACCCACUGUUUGUUCUGCCGCACCCACGGAAAUGGCGGAUGAUUCCGAGAUUUUCCUCGCCGCCGAACGACGUCGUGCCAAACCACCACUCCGGCGCAAGAGUACACGACAGCAGCGAGGUGGCAGCGAACUGCUGCAAUCGCAGCUUCAACCGCUCGACAAUUCUUCCGGGAACAGCCAACGGCAUCAUCGACACUCGACGACCAUUGGCUCCUCGGCCAGAACAGCCACUAGCAGAUCCACAGCCACCAGCAGUAGUACCGGUGCCAGCAGUGGCAGCAACAAUACGAAAAAGUCUCGCCGAUCAGAAGGCGCAAGUAGUAGUAGAAGUAGUGGCAAGUCGUCCAAGGCGAUGCCGCCCAAAUCCAAGUCCUACAGCAACGACCGGGAACCAGCAGCGCGACCAUUCAAGGACAACAAAAAAGACGCGGACGGUCGACCCGAUGGACCGAAACGAUCGUCAUCCUUUGCCAUGCCGCAUCGUUCGUCUCGCAGCAACAAUAAUAAUAGUCUCGUCAAUGCACAAGCCGCCAUUCCCAAUCCACGAAGCAAACAGCGCGAAGGAUUGGAGCGACGUCCGCGUCGAAAAAGCGGAGAUUCAACCCACCAAAAGGUGACUCGGUCCAAAUCGUCCAGCAAAAUUGUGGUCGAAGAUGGCAGUAACAGGAGUCAUGGCAACAACAAGACCCGCAAGUCGAACAUGAAGCGGUCCAAGUCCUUUGUGGUUCCAGGAAAGAGGGUCGAUGACGAACAUCAUUCUGGUGCACCAAAAACCAAAGCUUCGAGGAAACACUCGGCUCCGUCGCGGUCCAAGUCGUUCGAUGGUGGCAUGAUGCCCGAUUUGACAGACAUGGAAAAGCCGUCCCGCAGACGAUCCUCGAGUCGAAAUAAUAAUAGCAGCAGUCACCACAAGGGCGACAAGAAAAAGGGCAAUCCAGCAGCGAACAGCGCGGCAGCGGUCUGCCGACAUGGAGAAAAACUUGGAGAAUGCUGCUACGAUCAGGAAGGCGGCGGCAUGGGGUUAUUUUCUCUGGAAGAUCAUUUCGGGGUGGAAAAGAAAUCUUCCGAUGAAAUCAGCAUUGAUACGGCAUCGAUUGGUGUGGAUUCGCAUGAUAACAGGAAUUACUUGUCGAAAUCGUUGUUGACAAAGAAGAACCACGAGAAACGGGAUGGAUCCUCCCACCACAACAAUUCCAGCGACGAUGAAAAGCAGCGACGGCGGCGGUCCAAUUCUCGCCCCAAAACUCCUGAACCCAGCGAUGAACGGCCACGUUCGAGAUCACACUCCAAAUCAAGAUCUCAGUCUCGGACCCGAAGAGGGGAGGAAGGUCACGGCAACACAAGAUCACCUUCUCGAAGUCGACGAUCCAAUAGCGAUCGUGGACGGGGACGGCGAUCUACCGUGGACCGUGGUAGUUCCAAGCCGCGAGCGCAUCGAGGCAAAGGCAACCAUUCUUCCAGAUCAAAGCCACGCCGAGGUAGACGCUCCACGAGUCGUUCGUCAAGUCCCUCCCGGCGGGUUGCCAUUAGUCAAUCUCGACGAUCAAGCAGUCGAUCACUGAGCCGCUCGACAAGUCCUUCCGCGCGACGACCUUCCAUCAAUCAAUCUCGAAGAUCUACCGGUAGCGGCCGCUCCACAAGUCCUUCCUCUCGACGACCUUCCAUCAAUCAAUCUCGAAGAUCUACCGGUAGCGGCCGUUCCAAGAGUCGCUCUCCUUGCCGUGCCUCGAUGAAAGGACGACGAGCCAGCAGUCGCUCUGUCAGCCCAUCGCAGAGGACCGGGUCUCGUCGGCCAUCACUCGCUGAAGCUAAGAGAGGGCGCUCGAAAUCGGUGGCUCGCCGUUCUUCACAGCUGCAGCAGCAGGACCGGUCCUUGUCGAAAAAGAGACGACCCAGUACCAGUGUGAAGGCACAAGAUCGCGGGAUAAGUUCCAGUGCAGCGCGACGCGAAAGUAACAGCUAUACCAUGAAAGAAUUCGAGACUCUAUCCAAGCUGGACUCGGUAGCGAAGAGACAACAAAGCAGCAGCAAGAAUCUCAAACAGUACGAGAACUUAGCCAAGGACAACGUACCGGUAGUGCCCAGCGAUGCUGGGCCUGGUCGCCGACCUCGUUCCCUCUCGCGAACGCGUCUUGACGACGAAGCUGCAAAGUCUGGGGGCUCGGGGUCUCUCAAGAGCCAGCUUUCGGGCAGUCCGAAUGCCCGCCCGUCGAGAUCAUUGUCUCGCAGUCACUCCAAGAAGAGUGGGGACCAGGCAGGGAUUGGAAAGUACAUCCAGCGCAAGCAGACUGGACAAAAGGCCAAGAAAGAAGAUGAUACCAAAAGCACAGGAACGAGCUCUACGGGUACCAAUGAAAUCUCCUACGCCACGCCAUCUUGGAUGUGGCAUAACUCUGCAGCAGGGUCUACCUCCUGUUUUGGGAGCAAGGAUGCGUUCGCUGAUUUCAGUGCCAAUUCCUUCUCGGGGGCGUCUUUCGGGAGUCAUUCAUACGAUGCAACUGCAGAGGUGGGAACCCCCAAGAGCCAAGCCUCCAAUUCGACCUGGGGUACUCCUGCGACUGCCGCGACUUCUGGUACAGGAUCAGAUGGCAGUAAUGUCAAUACCCCGCCUCCAGUGAGCGCAGCAGGAAACGGUGCUUCUGGUAACAAUAUCAGCCCGCCACUUGUGGAUUCAAUGAACAACUCCGUAUCAAGUCUGCCUGCAAAUGCGACGCCAUGCACGAAGGCCAAGCACUUUUUUGGCAAGGCUAUGAAAGAAGAACAGGAGCAGCUUCUUAUCCAGAGCCAGCAACUCUUUCAAAAUCAAAAUGCUGCACCACAGCCUGCGGUGCCGCCCUCUAUGUUUGAUCCAAUGGAAUAG